CUCGCCAGCGAUCGUGCUCCCGGAGCUUCGUCCCUUCGCGCCGCCCCAAUGAGUCAUCAUCGUGUCUCCUACUUCGGCCUCCCCUCCUGCACCCUUUGGCAGUCUGCGCGGGCUCCCACUCUCUCCUACCGUGUUAAGGAGAACAGUGCGCCACUAUUGAGCGAGGAGAAGUGGGACGCGUGGUGGGAGGACUAUGUCGAGCUUGCUUUCUGCCUAUUGGAGAUAGAGUUCCGCUGGUCAGAAGCGGCCCCGUUCGGACAAGGACCGCAGCACCCAGAAGACAGCGUGGAGUCUUUUAUCAUCCAAGCCUGGAGAACGGUGGAGCAGGGCGAUCUGCUGGGAAUUGUGUUCGGGAAGGUGGAGGAAGGUAAUCUCACCUUGAUCACGGAUGAAUUGCUGGUGUUUUUGACUCAGCUGGUGGACGAUCUGCCCCAGAACAUUUUGUCGGGCAGUGACAAGCAGCCUGGCACCCACGUGCUGUCUCGAACACUCGAGCCGCACCUUGUGUGGUCCAUGUGUACGGAGAUUGACGAGGACAACUGUCUCUAUCCCUCCCAGGCGCUCUACUUGGAGAUCGACGUUACCGAUCUCACGUUUUGGGAUCCGAUUGCGAGGCAAAACGCGGCGCAGGAUGAGGAGAUAGGGGGAGCAGACGAAGAGGAGGAAGAAGAAAAGCCAUCGAGCGAAGAACGAGAUGAUCCAGACUACGUACCGAAAAGCGAAGCUGGGAUAGCUGAAGAAUCGAGCCAACCGCGGGAAAAGAACGAAGAGGAGGAAGAGGUGGAACCAGACGAGGAGGAAGAAGAAGGAAACGAGCAAGCGGAGUCGGAGUACGAAGGAUUCGAGGCUGAGGUACAUGACGCGGAUCGAGAACGAGCGCAAGAGCAAAGGAAACGAAAGCGCUAGGGGACCGCGGAGGGAAAACCGACCCCCGACAAAUGUUUCCCCUGUCAAUCCGUCGAUCGGGGACCCGUGGCGUGAUCUGGAGC